AGUUGAAGAUGCUACAAGCGAAGGUGCCACCAACAAAAAAUUGCCUUACUAUCCUGAAGGCACAAUGGCACAAUCACUUAAACUGGCCAGCAGAUGUGCACCCAUCCUGAAAGGCUUCCCAGAGCAGUGGGCAGAGACUUUCUUUAAAAAGUCGGAAAAAAUCAUCAGUAGGAACAAAUCUUUGGCAGAUAUGCCAGGGCCAUCUGCAGUGGGCUUCUUCACUGAUCUCUUCUUAAAAGGGGGGCUGUCCCGUCUACACGAGCUGCAGGUAAGGGAUACUCAUUUAAAAAACAUGGUCCAGUUACUAGAGUGAAAUGUGUUCAUUUAAAAUAUGCACUGCAGGUACACAUGUAGCGCAAAUAUUGGAGCUUUCCUGCAGAAAAACAAAAAUAAAUAUUGUAUGUGAUAUGGUAUAAAAUAUUACACUAGAAUUGUUCAUAAUUUAGUUUUGCAAGUCUUGAUAUAUUCUUUUUCUUCUUCUUUUUUUUAAUAACAUGGCCAUAAUAUAAAUAUGCAGCUGAAAUCUAAAACCUAAAGAAUAGUUUCCACUGAAAUAAUUCAUAGGCAUCAUGGAAAGAUCCUUGUAUGCCCAGCAUGAUGGGAGUUGCUUUGUUUUUGGUGUCUUCCUUAUACACCGUUUUUUGCUGUGACUUUUUGAGCCUGAUGGGAGUUGUAGUCUGCAUUAACUGGAGUGAAAGAGGCUCUCCAUUUAAAUGAAAUAUGCAGAUCAGUCCUCACUUGGAUAAUUAUCUCUAUAACUGGCUGAGUUAUUAAUUAUUGCCCAUUUAAUUUUGUGUGUGAACUGUUCACUGCUUGAGUCUUCCAUACUGUCAGUGAUUCGUACACCUGAUGUUUGGUGUACCAGUGAUAUGACAUCACUCUGGAUUUUACCGAUACAAUGUCGUAUAAUCGUGUUAAGUCACGUUUCCCACGAAGUUAGACUUGACCCAGUAUUGGUAAAUCAGUGUGAUUCAUAUAACCGCCUUUCUUACUAACAUCCGUAUUUUAAUGAAUGAACGCUAUUUGAGAUGUUUGGGAGCAGCUCCUCUGACGUGUAGUGUAACCACAAUGUGCUAAUCCUUUCAGCACCAAUAUGAGUGGACAAGGCUUCCUCUGGGGCGCAUGGGAGACUGAUAUGUCAUCUGUCUGACUAUGUCAUAUACAUUGAGGAAUCAGCAAGUAAAGAUUGGGAGAAUUGACAGAUAAGGGAAACUCAGCAAGUCCUUAUAGGUUGCAUUCAAUUACAAUGGCAUGGUUAGAAAAUCAUUGUAUUUACAGUGACUGGAUUAUCUGUAUGGAUUAUCUGUGUUGUUUAGCUCACCUGUUUUUAAUUCAGGAACAUGUCACUUUAACACACACUAGAAUCUCUUACAAACUUUCCUUUUCAAUAUAACCAAUUUACUACUUUGCAAAUAUUCAGAUUUUUUUUUUUUUUUUUACUAAACUGUGUGAAAACUGUAGUGAAUUUUUUGAACAGGUGAACAUAGCUAAAUUAGAUACAUUUUCAAACUGAGCUAUGUUUCAACUUGGCUGUUUUGGCCUUAAAAUUACUCAGUUGUCUUUUUUUUUUCCCGGAAACAAUUCAAUAUUGUUAAAAAAAACCAUUUAAAAAAAUAUCAUAUGAAUCUACUUAUUAUUAUUAUUAUUAUUAUUUAGAUUUCUACAAUUCUUAGCCAGCUCCAGAUGCAUAUUAUGAGAAUGCUACUGGAGCCUUAAUGCCAUUGAUAGCCCAACAGGUCGUUGUGUCACAUUCCAUAGCAGGCGAUCAGUUACUGCACAAUGAAUGUGUCUCUCUGCUGGCACUGUCUAUCCAUUCUCCUUUCUGAUGCAACGGAUCAGCUGUUGGAAAAAGUAUUCAGUUAGUAAUGUAAAUAUUGGAAAUCAGCAAUUGAUAAGCUGUCAUUUGAUAGAAGACAGGCAUAGAUGCUGCCGAAGCAAGUCUUAUCUUACAUUGUUAAAAAAAAAAGAAGCCAUCUUCGAUUAUUCCUAGAAAGCUUUCAUAACACCCACUAAAUGUAAAAAACAGCACUAUCCAGAUCUUUCACAGCUCAGGAAAUUAAUUUUUCAUUGUAGUUUUCUUUCGUUUGCUGUUGGUGCUAAAGUGGAAAGAAACAGCAUGUAACUGUGAGAAAUUAUCACAUGUAUAUUCAUUGGUAUUUUGUAGAGAAAUUGUAAUGUAAUUAGUCUGGGAUUUGUGACAGUUCUUCCUUCUUUUGAAAGUGUUUAUAUCAUUAAAUGUAUUUUUGUCGCACGGGGCUGGAAGACGCAUGGAGACGAGUUUAUCAGUGAUUUUCACAUCCAAAUAUUUAUAGCCUCACAUGGGGAAAUUAGCUUUCAACUGAAAGGAUUAAAUAUAUAUCUGUUAUUACAAUCUUGCAUAUAACUUGCAACUCUUACACAUGUUUAUCCAUCAUUGAUUCUAUUUUAUGAGUUAGGUAGCUAGGUAGCUUUAUCACUUCUGAAGAUAAAGGACGGUUUAACAGAUAGAAAGCAUAGGGUUUAUUUACUCUUACUUACUCUUUACUAUGUAUGAUACUCCUUUAAGUUCCCAUUCAUCACCCUUCCAUACACCUUGAAUUGCCCUACUGUUCUAGCUCAUAGCACCUUUUCUGUAAUGCUAUUUCAAAGUUCCACGACCAGCAAAAAGUUCAUUAAAAUGCCCUCAGUAGGGCUGAUUUUGAGCCAACCAGGGGCGUACCUAGAGCAUUUGGCACUUGGGGCUGGUCCUAUUUUUGGCACAGAUCUACACAAACACAAUCACAGGCAGACAGUCACACAUACACACAGACACAGUCAAAGACAGUCACAAUCACAGUAACACACAACACACACACUCUCUCUCACUUACAGUAAGCUUGGGCUAGAGGAGGAGUGGAUUCAGUCCCUGCUGUGCUGUAGUUGGGGAAGCAGGGACUCCUUCCUGCUUCCCCCUCUGUGUGAUCAGUAAGAGGCUGCAUUUAGCCCCGCCCCUGCAUCCGGCUUGGACCGCCCCCACAUUCGAUCUGGCUCCGCACCUAACUCUCCAUUCAGCCAGGUCUCCUGCUCCUGCUCCCAGCCCCUGCGUGUGUGAGCUGGCUGCCCGGCGCCCCUGCUGCUCUGGCGCCCGGUGCAGCCACAAAGCUCACAGAGCUCCAAGCCUGGCCAGCCCUGGUGGCACCCCCCUACCUGGUGGUAUCCAAGGCUGACCACCCCCCUUAGUACGCCACUGGAGCCAACCCAGUUUGAAAAUGGUGAAAAAGUUCGAUUUGUGCUUGCUGCAUUGCGUAAUGAUUAAUAUUUUGUUGUAGCGUAUACAACAGGGGUGGCCAAAGGCGGAUCAACAGGUUCUUUAGAACUACAUCUCCUGUGAUGAUUUGCCAAAAUUAAGGUUGCCAGGUCAUCUAGGCACUGCACAUAUACAAAGCCUAGGGAUCUAGGUUUUGGCUACACCUGUUAUGCAGAAUAUAAUCUCUAUUCUAUUUUAUUGCUCUUGUCGAUCUUGUUUUUCUCAUCUUCUAAAUAUUUUACUCUCCUUCCCAUCAGCUGCAAGGUAAAGCGAAGUAUGGCUCAGUAUGGAAGGCAAGUUUUGGUCCAAUCCUGACAGUCCAUGUGGCAGAACCAUCCUUGAUUGAGCAGGUGUUAAGACAAGAAGGAAAGCAUCCAAUACGUUCAGAUCUCUCUUCCUGGAAGGAUUACCGACAGUGCAGAGGACAUUCAUAUGGUCUCCUUACAGCGUAGGUAUCAUAACAAAUCUCAUUAAAUGACUGAGGCUCUUCCACUCCAUUGGUGUUUUGAUAGCAUCUAUAAAAUACACAUGUUCCUCGUCGAGUCUUCUGGCAAUUCCUUUAUUUCACAUUUAUACAUUGUUGAUGUCUUGCAGCACACUCUUUGUGAUAACACAAUAUGUGGUGCGUGUUACAUUUUAAGUGGCUUUAAAUGGAUUUGAUGGUAAGCAUUUUGGAUUCUCAGUGAAUAAUGUUCUUUUUCUUUUAACCAUUACAGUGAAGGAGAGGAGUGGCAGCAGCUACGUAGUAUUUUGGGAAAACACAUGUUAAAACCUAAAGAAGUGGAAGCUUACAGCGGUGUCUUGAAUGAUGUCGUAGGUGACCUCAUCAAGAAGAUCAACCAUCAACGUAACCAGAGUCCAACCCACACUGUAAAGGAUAUCUCCAAUUUGUUCUAUAUGUUUGGGUUAGAAGGUAGGUUUUAAUGUUAUUAUCCAUUUAUUUGAGGUACUUACUUCUAGUAUUUCUGUAAUUGAAUUGAAUUAAUAUGGUAAAGCCAAUUUGCAAUAUUAGAUUAAUUUGUUUAAUAGUGUAACACGUGAAUGCCAUAAAAUGUAUUGUGUAAUCUGCAGGGAUUUUAGGAUACAGUUUUUUUCGGGACAAUUUUGAAACUACGUUAUUUGAAAUGAUCAGAUCUUAAAUUCACGUUGCUGUUAUUUCAAAGUAUAAUUUUAGUAAACAUCACAAGAAUAUAUCUGAACAUUUUCAGACAGCAAGAGUAAUGUGGAUAUUUGGGAUUAAGAUAAUCCUUCCUUAAUUUAAAUAUUAUUUUAUCCAAUUAAAUAUGGCAAGGAGUAAGUUCAUCCGUGCCAUUUAAUCUUAAGCAAUAUUUUCUAUCUUUUUUCAGGUAUAUCAUCCAUCUUGUUUGAGUCACGGAUUGGCUGCUUAGAAACCAUUGUCCCAAAAGAGACAGAGAGGUUUAUAAAGUCCAUCAACACUAUGUUUGUGAUGACACUUUUAACCAUGGCCAUGCCUAAAUUUCUGCACAGAAUCUUCCGCAAGCCUUGGCAAAAGUUCUGCCAAUCUUGGGACUACAUGUUUGCGUUUGGUAAGGAUCUUUAUUUUAAUAUAAUACAUAAUUGUAUUUUAUAAUAUACACAGGUAACAUAUAAUAAUAAAACAAUCUUAUUUCAUCCUAAUAAUAAUAAUAAUGUCACAAGUUAGACAUUUGCAUCAUCUUCAGCUUGUCAAAGUAGCGUUGACCUCUGUAUUGUGUGUAUUCUGUAUAUCAUCUGAGCAAACAAAACACUCCAAAGUCUACACAUGAUUUCCUCUGAUUGAUCCUGCGAAGGACACAGCUGAGUUUUCAUCAGCUGGCUUAGAUUAUUCUAAAACCAUGACUCUGUGGCUUAUGACCUUCAAAAUGCAAACAGUGAAAGUGGAACAAGGUAGUUCUGUGAGCAAACAUCGAUAAGACCAAUUAUGGUAUAUAUUUAACUUCAAACGCCGUGUUGCAUUUCCGAAAAGGUUUGCAUAUGGCAUAGAGAUUUAAGCAGUUCAGUCAUUUAAAUGAUAAUAUGUUGACUUUUACUUUCUUGUGCAGCAUACUCAUAUGUACAGGUCUACUUUGACACAUGUUGCAUUGCAUUGCUAUCAAGCAAGUUUAACAUAAUGAGUUAUUAGUAAAGGAGGAGACUAUAUUUAAUAGAAGAAAUACUACCACAACAAGAGGACAUAGUCUUAAAUUAGAGGAACAAAGGUUUAAAAAUAAUAUCCGGAAGUAUUACUGAGAGGGUAGUGGAUGCAUGGAAUAGCCUUCCAGCUGAAGUGGUAGAGGUUAACACAGUAAAGGAGUUUAAGCAUGCGUGGGAUAGGCAUAAGGCUAUCCUAACUAUAAGAUAAGACUAGGAACUAAUGAAAGUAUUUAGAAAAUUGGGCAGACUAGAUGGGCCGAAUGGUUCUUAUCUGCCGUCACAUUCUAUGUUUUUCCAUCCAUUCCUCUAAGUCUGGUUAUCUUAUUCCAAUAUCCUACUUUUUGGUGACUUUGGCCAAGGUCCUGGUGCUUUGCUUACUAUUUCUUCCAGACCUAUAAUGUAGGAAAUUGCUUGUGGACUUUAUAAGUGUAAAUGACCAUUUUAUAAAUUAAAAAAAAAAGAAUGGGCCCAUUUAAGCUGCCUAUCGUUGCUCUUAUUUCCUUAAUAAAUACCAAGAAAUUCGAGAUUAUGUUUCUACAAAGACAUACAUAAACAAAUAUAAUACAUCAAUAAUUUCACAUGUGUAAUUUAGAAAUGUUUGAUCUGUAGCAUCACAUGCAUGUUAUGUCACUUUUCAGCAUUUAAUACAUUUAAAUAGACACAAUUACAUCGUUUAAACAUAUUUCAUUUUUGAAUACCAAAAAAGCAAACGUAGAUUUUAUGUUCAGUUUUAUUUUUACUCAACGUUUGCAAUGACUUUUUAUGCUGUCUGCUUUACAGCCAAGGGACACAUUGACCAUAGAAUGGCUGAGGUGGCAUCAAAAGUGGCACAAGGUGAAAAAGUGGAAGGAAAGUACCUGACUUACUAUUUGGCUCAGGAGAAGAUUCCCAUGAAGUCCGUGUAUGGCAAUGUCACCGAGCUGCUACUAGCGGGGGUAGACACCGUGAGUAAAUUGUUAUUUAUUUUAUGCUGACAUAAGUAUUUUAUACUAUUACUAGAUAUAUAAUACAGAUAAUAUUAUUGAUAAUAAUAUUAUCAUUAAUAAUGUGCUAAUAAAACAAUAUUAUAUAUUAUAGAACACAUCUUUGGGAACUGAUAUUUUUGACUUUCAGGUCUUUUUUGACCUUUGACGUUGUAGGGAUAGGCCUCCCAUAGUAACUACUAAUAGUUACUAGUAAAAGGAAUAAGAUACUAUGCAGAGUGUACCUUAACAUUUUGAGUACCUAUGAUAGGUCUACCCAUAACACUCAAAGGGUUAAAACAGCAUGAAAGCUCUAAAUGUCUUUAUUUCUUAAUAAUCUCCCUGAAUUUUAAUGGCAGAUUUCAAGCACCCUCUCCUGGAGUCUCUAUGAGCUAGCUCGGCAUCCAGACAUACAGGCCGCUCUGCACUCCGAGAUCAAGGAGGUAUCUCAAGGUCAACCCAUUCCUUCAGCCUCAGAAGUUGCCAGAAUGCCUUUAAUGAAAGCUGUCGUCAAAGAAGUGCUAAGGUAAGAACUACAUUAAUACUCUGUGUGGACAUUUAGUCAUCAUAAUGCAGCAAGUGAUUUUUGUUCCCUCAAGAUUAAUCAACUCUGAAGUUUGCAGAAAAUGCCUGUUUUGCAGAUGAAAGUAGCAGCUUUAAAAUAUAAAAUAUAUUGAGAUUUGAUUUUGUUUUUGGUUAGGCUUUUUAAAACGUUACUUUAGCAAUGACAGUUAAAAUGGGUCUUUCCUACCUAAAAAUAUUCUCUAUGUAGAAUUUCUUACACAUGUUUAAAAAAAAAAUAGAGGGACCCCAUUUACCAUGCUCAUUAAUUCAAUCUGCCUUUGAUAUUAUCAAGUACGAGUUUGAAUAAAUUAACAUCAGUUGUGUAUACUGCCAUACAGAUCUCAAUGAAUUACGUUGUAUUUGCAGACUGUACCCUGUUAUCCCUGGUAAUGCUCGUGUUGUGGCAGACAGAGAUAUACAAGUGGGAGAAUAUACCAUCCCAAAGAAGGUGAGUCCACUUUAAUUAGUUGAAUCCCAUUUUCUAGCACUUAUAUUAACUUAAUUAUUUUAGUUGAGGUUUUUUUCAUACUCAACUUUUCUGUUAUACUUAAGUACAAUGCCAAGAUAUGAUUGGGAUAUGUCCAGUGUGAAGUGAAUCGUUUUAUUCUUCCCCUAAAAAUUGUAAAAUGGUAGAAAAUCAACACUGUAAAUUGAAGUUUGCAUUUGACUCAAACAGGGUUAUUUACUAAAGCGAUAAUUCAAAUUGAAUUUGGAAUUUAAAGCCAUAGUAGCCAAACUGACAAGAUAGCUAACAGAGAAAUGAUCCAUAUCGGCUAUUUUGACUUUUAAUUUGAAACUUUAGUUAAUAUCCCUGUAAAUUUGGGAAAGUUGCAUUUGCAGAUGAGAAGUUUGUGUGUCACUGAGAGCAAUAGUGUAUAAUACUACAGUGUCCAGCAAAAGUUGCGCCAUAUUACGCUGAUGCAGCCAUUUUAACAUUAUCUAAGAUAUGGUUAAUCUAAAAUUAAAGAAAUAUAUUGUUUUAUGUCUAUUCCUCCACUUUUUCUACUUUUACAUACUUGUUUUAUUGGUGGCUGAAGACCAUAACUAAGCUAAUAUUGUUUUAUCUUGUAGACUCUCAUCACUCUGUGUCACUACGCCACAUCCAGAGAUGAAAAAGUCUUCAAAGAUCCCAAUGAGUUCCAUCCUGAACGCUGGCUGAAAAAAGAGGAAUCCCAUCAUCCAUAUGCCUCUAUCCCAUUUGGUUUUGGUAAAAGAAGCUGUAUUGGAAGGCGAAUAGCUGAAUUGGAGGUGUAUCUGGCUCUAGCACGGGUGAGUGAACCCAAAUAACUCUAGUUUUUAAAGAAAGACCACAAUGAAUGCAUAUGGGUUCUUGUUGAGGUUAUACGAGUUAGAAACACAUAUUUCACCAGUACACAAAACACCAAGUUUAGAGAAAUAACAAUGCUAUAAUGGUCAGAAUAACUCAAUCUAUUUACUCCUUUUUAAUGCAGAUUCUCACUCACUUUGAGGUGAGACCCGAAUAUCCAGGAAGUACAGUAAAACCCAUGACAAGGACACUCCUAGUACCAGAAAAAGAAAUCAACCUGCAGUUUCUGGAACGAUAAUGUUGCACUCAGUGAGAAACAGCACGAAAUGAAGGUGAAUCCACAAUGUUCCAAUUUCUAAUUUCAGUAGAAAUCCUAACAGAAAAUACAACUUUUCGAGGGAUCAAGAGACUGUUGGAUAACAGACUAAUAAAAUGGAGGGAUAAAAGAAAAAAAACAAUCUAAUGGUAAAAUAAAGUCAGAACAUGGAAUGGAAAUCAUGAAACAGUGGAUAUUUCAAGACUUUCUGUUUACAAAAUGGACACAUAGCAACCUUCAUCAAUGUGUGAUCAAGCACAAAAAUGUGCACUGAUAGAUACCUCAGAAUGUAUUUAAAUACUAUCCUAGCUUUGCUUUAACUGGACAAAUGUGAUGUAUAUAGCACUCUACAUUGAAGAAAAUAUAUUAUACAGGAAGCACAAACCGGAAACCAAGGAUAAAUUCAGGGUAAUGGCUCCAUAUUAAAAACUCCAGUCUUCAAAUUAAGAAAUACAUUGUUAAGGUUCAAAUAUCAUCCUCACUCUACAAUUGCCAAUCUGUGUGUUUUAAUCCACACCAGAGAAAGCUUCUUUACUGGGAUACCUACCAUUGAUUAAGAGACUUUUUAACUAUUAGCAAGGGUACAAUCCAAAUGUUCGAGUAGCCAACAGAAAUCCAAGAUGCCUGCCUCUUAUCCAACACUGUUGGGAAUAUUGCAUCCCAAUUCAUUUUAACUACUGAUGUAUACAUACAUACCCCCGCACACAAUAUUUAUUUGUCUGUACAUAAUUAGCCAUUGUAAAAUAUUUUAUAUUAGA